AUGCCGGUGGAAGUGGGUCCCUGGAGCCGGGUGCUGCUGCUCUCCGUGGGGCUGCUGGCUGCCUCGGUGACUGCCCAGAACUGCAGCCACAUCCUGCAGGGCCCAAACGGGACGAUACAGAGUCCGGGCUUCCCAUAUGGAUACCCCAAUUAUGCAAACUGCACGUGGACAAUCACUGCUGAGGAGCAGAACAGGAUACAGCUUGUUUUCCAGUCCUUUGCAUUAGAGGAAGAUUUUGAUGUAUUAUCUGUCUACGAUGGACUCCCUCAGCAGGGGAACCUGAGAACAAGGUUAACGGGUUUCCAGCUGCCUGCUCCUAUUGUGAGCACAGGGGUCGUGCUGUCCCUGUGGCUGGUGAGUGACUAUGCAGUCAGUGCCCAAGGCUUCCAGGCAAACUAUGAAGUGCUUCCCAGCCACACGUGUGGGAACCCGGGCAGGCUGCAGAACGGGGUGCAGCAGGGAACAACCUUCAGCAUUGGGGACAAAGUGAGGUACAGCUGCAACCCAGGCUUCUUCCUGGAAGGACAUGCCCUGCUCACCUGCCACGCCAGCUCCGAGAACAGUGCCUCCUGGGAUUUCCCUCUUCCCUUCUGCAGAGCUGAUGAUGCUUGUGGAGGGACCUUGCGGGGCCAGAGUGGGAUUAUCUCCAGCCCUCACUUCCCCCUGGAGUACGGGAAUAACGCCGACUGCACGUGGACUAUCCUGGCUGAGCCUGGAGACACCAUUGCUCUGGUGUUCAUGGAUUUUCAGCUGGAAGAUGGAUAUGAUGUUUUAGAAGUUGCUGGAACAGAAGGAUCUUCACUCUGGUUUACUGGAAUGAAUUUGCCUGCCCCAGUUAUCAGCAGUAAAAAUUGGCUGCGGCUUCACUUCACAUCAGAUGGGAACCACAGGCAGAAGGGGUUCAGUGCCCAGUAUCAAGUCAAAAAGCAAAUUGAACUGAAGUCCAGAGGGGUGAAGCUAAUGCCCAGCAAGGACAACAACCAGAAGACAUCAGUGUUAACUCAGGUUGGUGUGUCCCAGGGACAUAAUAUGUGUCCAGACCCUGGGAUUCCAGAGAGAGGCAAAAGAAUAGGCAACGAUUUUAGGUUAGGCUCCAGCAUCCAGUUCACCUGCAACGAGGGCUACGAUUUGCAAGGCUCCAAAAGCAUCACCUGCAAGAGAGUGAGCGACAUCAUUGUUGCCUGGAGUGACCACAGGCCAGUGUGCAGAGCCAGGAUGUGUGACAUGUACCUGCGGGGCCCCAGUGGGGUGAUAACCUCUCCCAACUACCCCGUGCAGUACGACAACAACGCCUACUGCGUCUGGGUCAUCACCGCGCUCAACCCAGCCAAGGUUAUCAAACUCACCUUUGAAGAAUUUGAACUAGAAAGAGGAUAUGACACUCUGACAGUGGGUGAUGGAGGACAAGUCGGAGACCAGAAAACUGUGCUUUACGUCUUGACAGGCACCACUGUCCCUGAUCUCAUCGUCAGCACACACCACCAGAUGUGGCUCCUCUUCCAGACAGACAGUGGCAGCAACUUGCUGGGAUUCAAAGCAACCUAUGAAGAGAUUGACCAGGGGAGCUGCGGCGAUCCCGGGGUCCCGGCCUACGGCAGGAGAGAAGGAUCCACCUUUCGCCACGGGGACAGUUUGAAGUUUGAGUGCCAGCCUGCCUUUGAGUUGAAGGGACAGAAAACAAUUACCUGCCAAAAGAGCAGCCAGUGGUCUGCUCAGAAACCAGUUUGUGUUUUUUCCUGCUUUUUCAACUUCACCACCCCAUCUGGGAUUGUGCUGUCACCAAAUUACCCUGAAGAAUACGGAAGCAGCUUGCACUGUGUUUGGUUAAUUAUAGCUAAACCCGAGAGCCGAAUUCACUUGGCUUUCAAUGAUUUUGAUGUGGAGCCCCAGUUUGAUUUCCUGGCUGUGAAGGAUGGUGGGACUGCUGAGUCGCCGGUGCUGGGGACCUUCUCAGGAAACCAGAUCCCCUCUUCUCUGACCAGCAGUGGUCACGUAGCCAGGCUGGAGUUCCAGACCGACCACUCCACAGAGAAGAGAGGCUUCAACAUAACCUUCACCACCUUUAGGCAUAACGAGUGCCCUGACCCUGGCGUGCCGGUGAACGGGAAGCGCUUUGGGGACAGCCUCCAGCUGGGCAGCUCCGUGUCCUUCCUGUGUGAUGAGGGCUUCAUUAGGACCCAUGGCUCAGAAACCAUCACCUGCAUCCUGAAGGAUGGAAAUGUGGUCUGGAAUAAUGCAGUGCUCAGAUGUGAAGCGCCCUGCGGGGGCCACCUGACGUCGCCCAGUGGAACCAUCCUGUCCCCUGGCUGGCCCGGCUUCUACAAGGACUCCUUGAGCUGUGCCUGGGUCAUAGAGGCCCAGCCAGGCUACCCCAUCAAGAUCACGUUUGACAGGUUUAAGACAGAGGUGAACUACGACACCCUGGAAGUGCGAGAUGGCCGGUCCUAUUCUUCCCCAUUGAUAGGGGUCUAUGAUGGGACUCAGGUGCCCCAGUUCCUCAUCAGCACCAGCAACUACCUCUACCUCCUCUUCACCACUGACAAAAGCCACUCUGACAUAGGCUUUCAGAUCCGCUAUGAAACUGUGAAGCUUCAGUCAGACCAUUGCCUGGACCCGGGGAUCCCGGUGAACGGGCAGCGCCACGGCAACGAUUUCUACGUGGGAGCUCUGGUCACCUUCAGCUGCGACUCAGGCUACACCCUGAGUGACAGUGAAGCCCUGGAGUGUGAGCCCAACUUCCAGUGGAGCCGGCCACUGCCCAGCUGUGAGGCUCUGUGUGGAGGUUACAUUCGUGGCUCCAGUGGUACCAUCUUAUCCCCAGGCUUCCCUGAUUUUUAUCCAAAUAACUUGAACUGCACGUGGACAAUAGAAGCAUCACAUGGAAAAGGUGUGUUCUUCACCUUUCAUACCUUCCACUUGGAGAAUGGCCACGACUACCUCCUCAUCACGGAGAACAGCAGCUUUGCUCAGCCCCUGCAGCAGCUGACGGGCUCCCGGCUGCCGGCGCCGCUGAGCGCCGGGCUCUUCGGGAACUUCUCGGCUCAGAUUCGCUUCAUCUCAGACUUCUCCAUGUCCUACGAGGGCUUCAACAUCACCUUCUCAGAAUAUGAUUUGGAGCCCUGUGAUGAGCCGGAGGUCCCAGCCUACAGCAUCAGGAAGGGGCUGCAGUUCGGGGUGGGAGAUGUUCUCACCUUCUCCUGCUUCCCGGGGUACCGGCUGGAGGGCGCGUCCCGCAUCACCUGCCUCGGGGGGCGGCGCCGUGUGUGGAGUUCCCCUCUGCCAAGGUGUGUUGCUGAAUGUGGUUCAUCUGUAACUGGAACCCAAGGUGUCUUGCUGUCCCCCAACUAUCCAAUAAACUAUAACAACAACCAUGAGUGCAUCUACUCCAUCCAGACCCAGCCAGGAAAGGGGAUCCAGCUGAAAGCCAGGACUUUUGAACUGGAGGCAGGAGAUGUCCUCAAGGUCUACGAUGGCAGCAACAGCUCUGCCCGCCUGCUGGGCUCCUUCAGCCACUCGGACAUGCUGGGCACCAGCAUCAACAGCACCUCCAGCAGCAUGUGGCUGGAGUUCAUCACCAACAGUGAGAACACCAGCAAAGGCUUUGAGCUGCAGUUCUCCAGUUUUGAACUGAUUAAAUGUGAGGACCCUGGCAUCCCACAGUUUGGCUACAAGGUCCACGACGAGGGACACUUUGCUGGCAGCUCCGUGUCCUUCAGCUGUGACCCCGGGUACAGCCUGCGGGGCAGCCGGGUGCUGCUCUGCCUGACGGGGGAGCGCAGAGCUUGGGACCAGCCCCUGCCAACCUGUGUAGCUGAGUGUGGGGGCACAAUCAAAGGAGAGUCCUCGGGGCGGAUCCUGUCUCCUGGCUACCCAACCCCCUACGACCACAAUCUCAACUGCAUUUGGACCAUAGAGGCAGAACCUGGUUGCACAAUAGGGCUCCAUUUCAUGGUUUUCCACACCGAGGAGUUUCAUGAUGUGCUGAGAAUCUGGGAUGGGCCGGUGGAGAACGGGAUCCUCCUAAGGGAGAUGAGUGGAUCCAGCUUACCUGGUGAUGUCCACAGCACCUUCAACUCUGUCAUCCUUCAGUUCAACACUGAUUUCUUCACAAGCAAGCAGGGCUUUGCUAUUCAGUUUUCAGUUUCUACUGCCACUUCCUGCAAUGACCCAGGGAUUCCCCAGAACGGGAGCCGCAGCGGGGACAGCAAAGAGGCAGGGGAUUCCAUCAUCUUCCAGUGCAAUCCAGGAUAUGCUCUGCAAGGAGAGGCCAAAAUCACUUGUGUGCAGAUCGAGAACAGGUUUUUCUGGCAGCCAGACCCUCCCACCUGCACAGCUCCCUGCGGAGGCAUUUUGACAGGACCAGCAGGAGUGAUCCUGUCCCCACAGUACCCAGAGCCCUACCCCCCAGGGAAGGAGUGUGACUGGAAGCUGACUGUGUCUCCUGACUAUGUCAUUGCCCUGGUGUUCAAUGUCUUCAGCCUGGAGCCUGGCUAUGAUUUCCUUCACAUCUACGAUGGACCCGAUUCCCUCAGCCCCCUGAUUGGCAGCUUUUAUGGCUCCCAGCUGCCCCAGAGGAUUGAGAGCAGCAGCAACAGCCUCUUCCUGGCCUUCCGCAGCGACGCCUCGGUCAGCAACGCCGGCUUUGUCAUCGACUACACGGAAAACCCCCGGGAGUCGUGCUUUGAUCCUGGAUCAGUUAAGAACGGCACCCGAGUGGGUACAGACCUGAAGCUGGGAUCCACAGUCACCUACUACUGUGAUGGAGGGUAUGACAUUGAAGGGGUCUCCACGCUGACGUGUGUGAUGGGAGGGGAUGGAAAACCUGCCUGGAACAAACCUCGACCUACCUGUACAGCACCCUGUGGUGGGCAGUACACGGGCUCGGACGGCGUCGUCCUCUCUCCAAAUUACCCCCAGAACUACACCAGUGGCCAAGUCUGCUUGUACUUCAUCGUGGUGCCCAAGGACUAUGUGGUUUUUGGGCAGUUUGCCUUCUUCCAGACCGCGCUCAACGACCUCAUCGAAGUCCACGAUGGCCCCGACCAGCAGGCCCGGCUCCUCAGCUCCCUCUCGGGCUCUCACACAGGUGAAUCGUUGCCAUUGGCUACCACCAACCAGAUUCUCAUAAAAUUUAGCUCCAAGGGUCAAUCUACAGCCAAGGGUUUCCAUUUUGUCUACCAAGCUCUGAGAGUCAUCUUUAUAGAGUUCAGCAAAGCAAAGGUUUUGGUGGAACCAGUACAGAUUGUCUCCUCCCUCCUGCAUGGGAGUGACCCCCAGACCGGGACACACCUUCAACUUGGCGCCGGAUACACCCAUCGUGUUGGUUCUAACCAUUUUUUUUCUGAUCUUGUUUCCUCUUCUCCCCGCUUUGCCGGUGCCCGGGGGGUUCGGUUCGAGUGCGGCGCUGGGUACGUCCUGCAGGGCUCCCGCAGCAUCCAGUGCCUCACCAUGCCCGGGGCCCUGGCCCAGUGGAACGUCUCGGUACCCACCUGCAUGGUGCCAUGUGGUGGAAACCUGACUGAGCGCAAAGGGACCAUCCUGUCCCCAGGCUUCCCAGAGCCCUACCUGAACAGCCUCAACUGCGUGUGGAAGAUCACGGUCCCCGAGGGAGCAGGGAUCCAGAUCCAGGUGAUCAGUUUUGUUACUGAGCAGAACUGGGAUUCCCUGGAAGUGUUUGAUGGAGGAGAUAACACGGCCACCAUGCUGGGGAGUUUCUCUGGAACCACAGUGCCUGCGUUGCUGAACAGCACUUCAAACCAGCUCUAUCUGCACUUCUAUUCGGAUAUCAGUGUCUCUGCUGCUGGCUUUCACCUGGAAUAUAAAACCGUCGGCCUGUCCAGCUGCCCCGAGCCCCCCGUGCCCGGCAACGGCCUGAAGGUGGGCGAGCGCUAUUUGGUGAACGACGUCGUCUCCUUCCAGUGUGAACCCGGCUAUGCCCUUCAGGGCCACUCUCACAUCUCCUGCAUGCCAGGCACCGUCCGCCGCUGGAACUACCCCCCGCCGCUGUGCAUCGCCCAGUGUGGAGGAACAGCAGAAGAGAUGGAAGGAGUGCUCCUGAGCCCCGGGUUCCCAGGAAAUUAUCCAAGCAACUUGGACUGCACAUGGAGGAUAUUGCUGCCAGUGGGGUUUGGUGCUCACAUCCAGUUCCUAAACUUCUCCACUGAGCCCAACCAUGACUUUGUGGAAAUCCGCAACGGGCCGCACGACACCAGCAGCGUCAUCGGGCGCUUCAGCGGCACCGACAUCCCCGGCUCCCUCCUGUCCACGUCCCAUGAAACCACCCUCUACUUCCACAGUGACCACUCCGAGAACAAGCCAGGCUUCAAGCUGGAAUACCAAGCCUACGAGCUGCAGGAGUGUCCUGACCCUGAGCCUUUUGCUAAUGGUGUUGUCAGAGGAGCAGGUUACAAUGUUGGCCAGUCCAUCUCCUUUGAGUGCCUGCCUGGCUACCAGCUGAUCGGCCACCCCGUCCUGACCUGUCAGCAUGGCACCAACAGGAACUGGGACCACCCAUUGCCCAGGUGUGAAGUGCCCUGUGGGGGAAACAUCACCACCCAGAAUGGCACAGUUUACUCUCCUGGCUUCCCCAACCAGUACCCCAAUUCCCAGGACUGCACUUGGCUUCUCACAGUGCCAGUGGGGUAUGGAAUCCAUCUCAACUUCACUCUGCUGCAAACAGAGCCCUACAACGACUUCAUCACAGUUUGGGAUGGUCCACAGCAAACAGCCCCACAGCUUGGUGUGUUCACUGGCAACUCUGCUAAGAAGUCAGCCCAAAGCUCUUCCAAUCAGGUCCUGAUGAAAUUCCACAGUGAUGGAGCCAACGGAGGGAUUUUUGCUGUUUAUUUCUAUGCCUACCAGCUCUUCAGAUGUCAGCCUCCAACCAUCGUUCCCAAUGCAGAAAUCAUCACUGAGAAUGAAGAAUUUAACAUAGGUGACAUAGUGAGGUACAGAUGCCUUCCUGGCUUUACCCUGAUAGGAAAUGAAAUCCUGACCUGCAAGCUAGGCACUCAUCUCCAGUUUGAAGGACCUCCACCCACCUGUGAAGUGCACUGUCCCAUGAACGAGGUGAUGACAGACUCCACUGGUGUGAUCCUCAGCCAGAGCUUCGUGGGGAGUUACCCUCACUUCCAGACCUGUUCUUGGGUGGUGAAGGUAGAGCCUGGGUACAACAUCUCCCUGACCAUCGAGUACUUCCUGAGCGAGAAGCAAUAUGAUGAGUUUGAGAUCUUUGAUGGUCCCUCUGGCCAGAGUCCCCUGCUCCUGUCCCUGAGUGGGAACUACUCUGCCCCUCUGACCGUCACCAGCAGCGGGAACAACGUCUAUCUCCGUUGGUCCUCUGAUCAUGCCUACAGCAGAAAAGGCUUCAAAAUCCGCUACUCAGCUCCCUACUGCAGCCUCCCACGGCCGCCAGCCCACGGGCUGAUCCUGGGCCAGGCGGGCCAGCAGCCCGGCAGCACCGUCCGCUUCGGCUGCGACAGCGGGGUUCGGGCGGAGGGGCACAGCACCACCACCUGCUCCCUGCAUCCCCAAGGCUACUUCCACUGGAACGAAGCCAUCCCUCUGUGCCAAGCUCUCUCCUGUGGAGUUCCCAGAGCCCCCAAGAACGGGGUUGUCUUUGGCAAGGAGUACACGGUGGGUACAAAGGCCAUGUACCAGUGCAACCAGGGCUUCCAGCUGCAGCCUGGGGAGGACCCCAGCACAGAGUGCCUGCAGGAGGGGCAGUGGAGCAACGGCAACCAGCCCCCCCAGUGCGUGGCUGUCACCUGUCCCGACAUCAGCAGCCUUGCGGUGGAGCACGGCCGGUGGCGACUGACCUACGAGAUCCACUACCACUACAAUGCCCAGCUGAUGCUCAUCUGUGACCCUGGCUACUACUACACGGGCCAGAGGGUCAUCAGGUGCCAAGCCAAUGGGAAGUGGAGCAUAGGAGAACCCAUGCCCACCUGUAAAAUUAUCUCCUGCGGAGACCUGCCGACUCCUCCCAACGGGAACAAGAUUGGCAGGCUCACCACCUUUGGGGCCACUGCCAUCUUCUCCUGCAACACUGGCUACACCCUGGUGGGGUCCCGCGUGCGGGAGUGCAUGGCCAACGGGCUCUGGAGCGGAGCUGAAGUCAGGUGUCUGGCGGGGCACUGUGGGGUCCCCAGCCCCAUUGUCAACGGGCAGAUCAACGGGGAGAACUACAACUACCGGGGCAGUGUGGUGUACCAGUGCAGCCCCGGCUUCCGCCUGAUCGGCAUGUCCGUGCGCAUCUGCCAGCAGGACCACCGCUGGUCCGGGAGGACGCCUGUCUGCGUGCCUAUCACUUGCGGCCACCCUGGCAACCCCGCCAAUGGCCUGACCCAGGGGACUCAGUUCAAUCUGAACGAUGUGGCCAAGUUUGUGUGCAACACGGGGUAUCGCCUGGAAGGAGCAUCCCAGUCCCAGUGCUUGGCCAAUGGACAGUGGAGCAGCACCCUGCCCUCCUGCCGUGUUGUUAACUGUACUGACCCCGGGCACCUGGAAAACAGCAUCCGUCAAGUGCAGCCGAGUGGUCCUCACAGAUUCAGCUUUGGAACAACUGUCUCAUAUCAGUGCAGCCAUGGAUAUUACUUAUUGGGUACACAUGUCCUUACCUGUCAGGGGGAUGGCACUUGGGACCGUGCCCUCCCACAGUGUCUUUUGGUCUCCUGUGGCCACCCCAGCUCCCCACCCCACGCUCAGAUCUCGGGGGACAAGUACACGGUGGGCUCCGUGGUGCGGUACAGCUGCCUGGGGAAACGGACCCUGAUCGGCAACGCCACUCGGAUGUGCCAGCUGGACGGGCGCUGGAGCGGCUCCCUGCCCCACUGCUCAGGAAGCAGCCAAGGUGUGUGUGGGGACCCGGGGAUCCCCUCCCAUGGCAUUGGGCUGGGAGAUGACUUUGCUGUGGGCAGUGUGGUGAGGUUCAGCUGCGAGCCCGGGUACGUCCUCCGGGGCUCAUCCGAGAGGACCUGCCAGGCCAACGGCUCCUGGAGCGGCUCCCAGCCAGACUGUGAAGUUGUAUCCUGUGGAAACCCUGGCACCCCCAGCAAUGCCAGGGUUAUCUUUAACGACGGCUUGGUCUUCUCCAGCUCCAUCAUCUACCAGUGCAGGGAAGGGUAUUACUCCACAGGAGUGCUGAGCAGGCACUGCACUGUGAAUGGGACAUGGACUGGGACCAGUCCGGAGUGCACAGUGAUCAACUGUGGUGACCCUGGUGUGCCAGCCAAUGGCAUCAGGCUGGGCAGUGAUUUUACCUACAACAACACCGUGGUGUUCAGGUGCACCCCCGGGUACACGAUGGAGUCAGACAGGGCAUCUGCUCUGACCUGCACAAAGGACCGGACCUGGAAUGGCACCAAACCUGCCUGCAAGGCUAUCACCUGUAAAUCCCCACAAGCCAUUCCCAACGGGAAAGUGGUGGGCUCGGAUUUCAGCUGGGGCUCCAGUGUGAGCUAUGCCUGCCUGGAGGGGUACCAGCUCUCCCUGCCUGCCGUGCUGACCUGCGAGGGAAACGGGACCUGGAGCGGGGAGAUCCCCCAGUGCUUCCCUGUGUUCUGUGGUGACCCAGGGAUCCCUGCCCAGGGCAGGAGGGAGGACAGAGGCUUCACCUACCGCUCCUCCGUCUCCUUCUCCUGCUUGGCCCCUCUCGUCCUGGUGGGAUCAGCCCGGAGGUUCUGCCAGUCUGAUGGGACGUGGAGUGGGACCCAGCCCAGCUGCAUAGACCCCAGCCUGACCACAUGUCCGGAUCCCGGCGUUCCUCUCUUUGGGAUGCAGAACAACUCCCAGGGAUACCAGGUGGGAAGCAUGAUCUUUUUCAAGUGCCAGAAGGGAUACCUGCUGCAGGGCUCCACCACCAGGACCUGCCUCCCCAACCUGACGUGGAGCGGCGUGCAGCCCGACUGCGUCCCUCACCACUGCAAGCAGCCUGAGACCCCCUCCCACGCCAAUGUUGGUGCCCUGGAUUUGCCAUCUCUGGGCUACACCUUGAUCUACUCCUGCCAGAGCGGGUACUACCUGACCGGCGGGUCCGAGCACCGCACCUGCAAAGCUGACGGCAGCUGGACUGGAAAACCUCCCAUUUGCCUCGCUGAUGUCCGCCCCAGCGGGAGGCCGGUGGGCACGGCGCGGGACCCACCGCUCGCCAAGGUGGCAGUGCCUGCUGACGUGUUUGCAAGGAAUUCCCUCUGGAAAGGCUCCUAUGAGUACCUGGGGAAAAAGCAGCCUGCCAUGCUGUCAGUCACCAGCUUUGACCCUGCCACCAGUAAAGUCAAUGCUACUUUGAUAGACCACAGCGGCGUGGAGCUCCAGGUGUCUGGCAUUUACAAGAAGGAAGAUGUGCACUUGCUCCUCCAGGUGUACCAGAUAACAGGGCCUGUGGAGAUCUUUGCCAACAAGUUCAAAACUGAUAAAUGGGCUCUAGAUGGACACGUCUCCUCAGAGUCGUCAAGUGGCACCUUCGUGUACCAGGGCUUUGUUCGUGGCAAAGGCUUCGGGCAGUUUGGCCUCCAGAGACUUGACAUCAGCAUGAUGGAAAAUGAUCCAGAAUCAAUAGGACACCAUUUUGCAUCCAACAGCAGUUCUGUGGCAGCUGCCAUUGCUGUGCCUUUCAUAGCCCUGAUUAUUGCAGGGUUUGUGCUUUAUCUCUACAAACACAGGAGAAGACCAAAAGUCCCGUUCAACGGCUACGCCGGCCAUGAAAACACCAACGUCCGGGCGACGUUUGAGAACCCCAUGUAUGACAGGAACCUGCAGCCCACAGACCUCAUGGCCAACGAGGCAGAGUUCACGGUCAGCACGGUCUGCACGGCCGUAUAG